AUGGCUUGCUGUGUUGCCCGCUGUUGCAGUGUCCCCACCGGCCCUGCCACCACCAUCUGCUCCCACGACAAGUGCUGCCGCUGUGGAGUCUGCCUGCCCAGCACCUGCCCACAUGAGAUCAGCCUCCUGCAGCCCAUCUGCUGUGACCCCUGCCCUCCACCCUGCUGUGAGCCUGAAAUCUACGUGCCAACUUGCUUUCUGCUGAACACUUGCCACCCGACACCCGGACUGAGUGGGAUCAACCUCACCACCUACGUCCAGCCCGGCUGUGAGAGUCCCUGCGAGCCCUGCUGUUAA